AUGAAGUGCCUUGCAAUUCUCUUCACCUUUGUUGCUCUCUCUGAAUGUCUUGUUAAGAUUCCAUUGCAGAGAGAGAAGACGCGAAGAGGGAUGCUCAGGGAGAAAAACUUGCUAGAAAGUUUUCAGAAAACCCAUCAUGACAUUGAUACAGAAUUUAUCACAACCUUUUCUAAACGUGGCCGAUUUAAGAAACCACUUAAGAACUUCCAGGAUCUGACAUACUAUGGAACUAUCUACAUUGGAACCCCACCACAGCCAUUCAAGGUUCUGUUUGACACUGGAUCAUCCUCUCUCUGGGUGCCAUCUAUCUAUUGCAAGGAUAAAGCAUGCAAAACACACCAUAGAUUUGACCCACGUAAGUCUUCUACCUUCCAAGGAACAGAACAGCCAUUCUCCAUUAAGUAUGGGAAAGGAAGCAUGGAAGGGAUCUUUGGACUUGAUACAGUCAAGAUAUCCAAUCUUACUAUUUCUGAUAUGGAAUUUGGAUUGAGCACCAGGGAGUCAGAAUACUUUACCAAAUCUAUAUAUGAUGGGAUCCUCGGCUUAGGCCCUGGGCGGAGAAGUUCAUUCAUUGAUAACCUGAUGAAGAAAGGCUUGCUUGAGAAAGACGAAUUUUCUGUUUAUCUCAGCGGAAAAACAGAUGGGAGCAUGGUCAUUUUUGGUGGAAUUGAUCAAUCCUAUUUUACUGGUCGUAUUAACUGGAUUCCUGUCAAAUAUCAAUGGCGGAUUGCCGUGGACAGCAUUCUAGUGAAUUCUAAGAAGAUUGCCUGCAGAGAUGGCUGUCAAGCACUUCUUGACACAGGGACGUCCUUAUUGCUUGGUCCAAAAUCUGAAAUUAACCAAAUCCAGCAAGCCGUUGGCAAGGUAAGAUUGACUUUUGCUGAUUUUCUUCAUACUCAUUCCUUCAACUGCAGAAACCUCCGCAAAAUGCCAAAUGUUGUUUUUGUAAUCAACGGAAUUCAAUAUCCUUUAACUCCACAAGCCUAUACUCAUAAGGAUAACGGCCAUUGCAAGAGUGGCUUUAGCUCUGGCAGCAAAGAUUAUGAUCACUUGAUACUAGGAGAUAUGUUCCUCAGAGAAUACUACAGUAUAUUUGACAGGGGGAACAACCAAGUUGGACUGGCAAAGGCAGUGUAAAAAAAAUUCUGCAUUUAAACUAUGCAAGUGCUGUAGUUGCUCAUUUAAUCAGCUAAUGCCAAUGUUGUUGUAACUUCAUAGCAAUGUAUUUGAGCUAAUACUAUCACUCGGUGUCCUAUUAAAAAUUAUAUUCGUCAGAUGCCUUCAAAGAAGAUGCAGGUGGUAGCAUUGUUGUGGCAUAUAUGAUCUGAAAAUUAUGUAUUUCAAAUUAAUAAACUGUU